AUGCUCUGCCACACCCCCCGCCCUCCAGAGUGCCACAUCCUCGUCCUCAGUGGCACCCCCCAUCCGCCCUCAAUUCUUCAUCCCAACCCCCUCGGUGCCAACAUCCUCGCCCUCGGUACCACACCCCGCUCCUCGGUGCCAACAUCCUCGCCCCUCGGUACCACCCCCGCUCCUCGGUACCACAUCCUCGCUCCUCAGUACCCACACCCCGCUCCUCGGUACCACACCCCCGCCCCUCGGUACCACACCUCCGCUCCUCGGUACCACACCCCCGCUCCUCGGUACCACAUGCCCGCCCCUCAGUGCCACCCCACCCCCGCCCUUCAGUGCCAGCCCAACACAUCAAUAACAGAGCGGGUGGCACCAUCCUCGCUGGUCAACUCUUACAUUAUUUCUCUCCAUGGUGGCACUGUUGCAGUGUUGCCAAUAUUUUAUGUCUUGGAACUAAACCUUAUCACAUGUUGUUGGUAG